AUGGCUGCUAAUAAUGCAUACCAAUUGGAUUCCGGUCCACUUGAUCCGUCUCUAUUAACUGGACAGCUCACUCAUAGGUCACGAGAUAUAUGGACAGGGAAUGAUAAUAUGAUUUUGACCACAAGAGAAUGUGAUGGGAAGUCUCAUAGGCCUGUUAUUGAUCGUAGCUUAAUCACCGCACUAGUUGAGAGAUGGCGUCCUGAGACUCAUACAUUCCACUUUAGGAUGGGUGAGAGUACGAUCACUUUACCGGACGUGGAGAUAUUGUAUGGCUUACCCGUGAAAGGUAAUCCGAUAGUUGGGUAUGAGCCACAGAGACACAUCUGGUGGUCUUUUAAAGCUUAUGUAUUUGCCUAUGCUGGAGGAUAUCACUACAGUCGGGUCGGGUCUUACAGUUGGGGUAGUGCAACCCUAGCAUAUUUGUAUCGUUUUCUUUGUAAAGCCUCCCAAAGUAGCCAAAAUGAGAUUGCUGGAUUCCUACCACUACUUCAGAGAGUUACCGUCCUUAGGCCUCAGAUUGUAGCAAAAAGAGAUACAAGGAAUAUUUUCCCUGUUGGUUUACCAAGGGGUCCACAUGCUGCUAGAUGGUAUGCACAUUUUAGUUGGACCGACACUACCAAACACGUGUUAAGAAUUUUCAGGGAUGCGCUGGAUUCAAUGACAGAAGAUCAGGUGGGUUAUAUUCAUUUGAUGGUUAAUAAAGCAAUAUCGCUCGGUGAAAAUCCAUCAAUGGAGGAAUUUUACUGA